AUGGCCAUCUCACUCUCGCAGAACGACACCUCCACCGUAACACCAGAUAACGCGAGCGACUAUGGCUCCGACAUCGACGACGAAACCGCCUUCUCCCUCCUCUCGCAAGCCGAACUGCAGGCGCCCGUAGAACCGUCAUUCCUCGCCAGCAUCGAGGACAUACCCAUCCCCGUCGAGCAUGAAUCUCUGGAGCAGCGGAUCCAUCUGCGCCUUUCGCGGCUGCAGCAGUCACUGGACAGCGUGCGUGAGAGCAGUGCCCGCAUCGAAGCCAUCGUUGGUGCGAGGAGGGCCCAGGAGGCGAGCGUGGAGAUCGAGUACGACGAGAUCAACCGGGGCCAAUUCUCGCCUGUGCGGCAGGAUGAGAGUCAGGCAACCCAGACGCAACAGGAAGAAGUGGAUCUGAAGACCGACACACGCUCACCGAUCGAGCGAUGGCGGACGAAGCCCAAGAAGCCGCUCUCAGUCACUGAUCUCGUCAGCCCGGCGUGGUGCGAGCAGCAGUAUGAGUACAACCUCUCGAAAUACGGACGGAUACGGGCGACGAAGGCAAUGAAGGAGGGGUCCAAGGUGCAUAAGGUGCUCGAGGAGCAGGUACACACUGCCGUGCCGGUGGAGACGGUGUCGAAGGAAGAUGCUUUUGGGCUGAGGAUAUGGAAUACGAUUGAGGGAUUGCGGACGCUGAGGGAGGAUGGUUUGACGAGGGAGCUGGAGGUUUGGGGGGUGUUACAGGGUGAGGUGGUGAUUGGGAUUAUUGAUGAGAUUAGCACGACGUGUCCGGAUGAGCAGAUGGAGGCGGAUAUGCUGGAUGGUGGAGCGUCGAAGGGUGGUAAGAAGGGGAAGAAGGUCGAGCAGCUGGCGCCUGGGCAGCAGACUUUGACGGACUUUCUUACCAGCUCGCAGACCAACGGGUUGCUGCAGAACGACAGCGCCUUUCUUGGUACCCUACAUCCAGAGAAACCACGAACUUAUUACCUCAAAGAUAUCAAGACCCGCCAAUCUCGCACCCUCCCCGGCCCCGGCGCAGCCUCCCGCCCGACGCACAUGCAGCUCAUGCUCUACCACCGCCUCCUCACUUCCCUCGCCGCCAACGAGGUCCCAGCAGACACAGUCUUCACCCGCUACGGCCUCGAUCCGCACACGACCUUCAGCGACAAAUUCAUCGCCGAGAUCGCCAACCUCAACGUCCCUCCCCCCACCAGCCAGAACGACAGCGAAGCCCUCGAACCAGGCCGCGAAGACCCCCUGACCGUGCUGCUGGCCCACAACACCCUCACCGCCCUCUGGACCCUCAUGAUCUCCGAAUUCCAACUCACCUUCCCCCCCACCACCUCCCCCUCAAUCUCCCCCCUCCUAACCGCCUCCUUCCGCACCGCCUCCGCCCACAGCGCCACCGAACCCGCCGGCUCCAUAAUCGGCACCCGCGUCUUCUUCUUCGACCCCCCAAUCAUCAACGCCUACCUGCGAAGCGAAAUGGCCUGGUGGAAAGGCGAGCGCGCAACGGUGGGCGUGGAGGUCGAGGAGGCGUAUAAGUGCGCGCGGUGCGACUUUGCUGAGGGCUGUACGUGGAGGAGGGGGAGGGUGGAGGAGGGGUUGCGGAAGGCGAGGUUGAGACGGGAGGGGAGGGGGAGGAGUGAAGUUUGA